UGGCGGGAGCCUAUAAAAGCCGGACGGUGCGACCCGCGACACACACUGCAGGACCGCUAGACGGACAACAGCUGCCGCUCUGCCCCAAUCACCGGCGUGACCAUGUCCCACCACUGGGGAUACGGCAAGCACAACGGACCAGAGAACUGGCACGAGGACUUCCCUAUUGCCAAUGGAGACCGUCAGUCCCCUGUGGACAUCGACACCGGGACUGCCCAGCACGACCCUGCCCUACAGCCGCUGCUCAUAUCUUAUGAUAAAGCUGUUUCCAAGAACAUUGUCAACAACGGCCACUCCUUCAACGUUGAGUUUGAUGACUCUCAGGACUGUGCAGAGACAUUACAUGCAUGCGUUAUAAUUCUAGUGCUGAAAGACGGGCCCCUCAGUGGCUCCUACAGAUUGAUCCAGUUUCACUUUCACUGGGGCUCAUCUGAUGGCCAGGGCUCUGAGCACACCGUGAACAAGAAAAAAUACGCCGCAGAGCUUCACUUGGUUCAUUGGAACACCAAAUACGGGGAUUUUGGAAAAGCUGUGCAGCAACCAGAUGGAUUGGCUGUUUUGGGUAUUUUUUUGAAGAUUGGACCUGCCUCUGAAGGCCUUCAAAAAAUCCUUGAGGCACUGCAUUCCAUUAAAACAAAGGGGAAGCGUGCGGCCUUUGCUAACUUCGAUCCUUGCUGCCUUCUCCCUGGAAACUUGGACUACUGGACAUACCCUGGCUCUCUGACCACUCCGCCUCUGCUGGAAUGUGUGACCUGGAUCGUGCUCAAGGAACCCAUUACUGUCAGCAGUGAGCAGAUGUCUCAUUUCCGUACCCUGAACUUCAAUGCGGAGGGGGAGCCUGAAGAACUGAUGGUGGACAACUGGCGCCCCACUCAGCCGCUGAAGAAUAGGAAGAUCAAAGCGUCCUUUAAAUAAAAUGGCCCUGCAGCCGGGGUCCAAACUGCGCAAGUGUGGCCGCCUCUCUGUAGCUCAGUACAGUUCCACCUUGGUGAUUCGGACCCUGACUCUGCAUCUGGUAUUGUAGGCCUUUGCCUCUCACCCGCCGUGCUUACUAUAAAAUGUGAAAAGCAAGACCCAGGUGUCUCAUGUGGUGGCAGCCCGGUGGCAGCUGGUGGCCUUUCUCAGCCACAGCAGUGUACCGCAAAGAACAGACAUGGCCUGCUUCUCUUCACAGCCAUAGGAUAAUGAGUUCUCAGGCCUAUUUGUUAAAAUGCUACUUUAAAAAACAUACGACGGUAGAAUGAUUGAUUGCAAGUCCACAUCAUGAGACAAACUGAGGUCAUUUAAGGCAAAUCAGGUAAAACAGUCAUAGUUUUAUGAUUAUGAAAUUAGAUGAAUGUUCACUCUUCCAAGAUCUUAUAUUAAAGAAAAACUUUUAAAAAACUUAUAUAUUUGUAGCAAAGUUAUUCUUAAAUAUGAAUUAUCUUGUAACUUAGUGACUUUUGAUUUCUAGAGGUGUAAAUGAAGAUGUAAAAAUGGAUAGAGUUGUGAUACAGAGUAUAUUUCCCUUCAGAUAACAUACCAUAAUGCAAUGGAUAAUGUAUUUUAGAUAUAUUCUCUAAUAAAAUUCAGAACUCUA